UUCACCUGAACGGGCUUCAGUUUGAAGACGAGGCAGAGGAACGCAAACUGCAGAGGUUUAAGGCCCAAACGCAGGAGAAGACGAGGACGAAAAAGGGGAAAAGAUUCAAGUUUUUGUGGAGGAUGGGGAACACAAAGAGCAGUGCUUUGUCGAAGGAGCUCCUGGAAGAACUGAAGUCCAACACCAAAUACUCCGAGGCGGAGCUGUGCACCUGGUACCAGUCCUUCCUGAAGGAGUGUCCAGGUGGGAAGAUCAGCAAGCAGCAGUUUGAAGGCAUCUACGCCAGCUUCUUCCCCAACGCAGACCCCACUGCAUACGCAAGACAUGUUUUCAGGAGUUUUGACACCAAUGCCGACGGUACUUUGGACUUUAAGGAGUACAUCGUUGCUCUGCAUCUCACCUCUGGGGGAAAGACUCUGCAGAAGCUGGAGUGGGCUUUUGCCCUGUAUGAUGUGGAUGGGAAUGGAACCAUCAGCAAAAAUGAAAUCCAAGAGAUUGUUAGGUCAAUAUUCAACAUGAUUCCUGUCGAUGACCAGAAGAACCUCCCCGAGGAUGAAAACACACCGGAGAAGAGGGCUGAAAAGAUCUGGGAAUUUUUUGGGAAGAAGGAGAACGAUAAAAUCUCAGAAGGAGAAUUUAUUCAGGGUGUAAUGGACAACAAGGACAUCCUGCGCUUAAUACAAUAUGAUGAACCUCAGAAAAUCAAAGACAAGCUGAAAGAGAAGAAGCAAUAGUAUACAAGCUACAAAACAGGGCAGAAGAAGAAGCCAUCCUUAUGGGGUUUAAGACUGUUUUAUUUUCCUGUUUACAUUUUAACAUGCCCUGACUGCUUGUCCGCUUGAUUCACGUUGCUCUCUUUUAUAUUUUAUUUAUUAAUCUUUGGGCCGCUGUUUGGCUGCCGAACACGGUUUAAUUUUUGUCUUUGUAUCCAGAUUCUUGGUAAAUGAGUUUAUUAUACCAUAUACAUGAGAAAAAAUAAAUCUUAAUUAUUAUGGAGAUAAGACAUAAUCCUUUAUACUGGCUAAAUGCUAACUGGCCUACUAACAAAGGAGUAGUAUCUGACUGUCUGCUACUUUAAAUUGAAUAUUUAAAUGUCUUUAAGAUUUAUUUAUCAGACUUGGUCAUUAACUAAAACAAUGAGAAACAAGCACAUAUUUGGUUUAUUUAGAUUGUCACAGUGUAGUAUCUUCGCCCAGCUGUGAUUUAUGUUUAACAAACAUCAUUCUUCUGCUCUUUAAAAAAAAAACUCACAAUAACUACAUUAUUGGUCAGUAUUUGAUGCUUUGAUGUCUUACCUCUUAUCUGUGAAGACGUAUUUUCUGUGAAAACUGCAUGAAGAGGUACAAUUAAAUCAACCAGUCUGUCUACAUGCUAGUAGCCCUGCUAACUAGUUCUGCAGCCUGUGCAGCCUGACUCUAUUGGUUAACUUGGCCAUGAACUGCAUGGCUAAGCUAACUGUAAAUCGACAUCAAAAUUUUUUACAACUGUUGAGCUUGUUGGUGACUUUUUGAUGUCUUGCCUUACAGUAUUACACCUCUGGAUGUAUAUCAUUACUGAGGAAAGCAUCACAAAAGUUUAUUAAGAGUAAUAAAGCAGGGAUAUAAACAGUACUGCUGUGACUGCACCCCGGCUAGUUAAGGCGAACUAACAGGAGUCUUAGCUAAAGCUAACUCACCUACUGUUUCCUGUCUUAAGAGUUUGAAAUGUCAGUUGACGCCAGAAAAGUCAUUUGCAAUUGAGUUUGCUAUACUACAUAGAUACAAAACUCGUACUAUUAAAUCAUUAUGGGGUGAAACAGUAAGACGUAAAUAUUAAAUCGUAACGUAGCGAAACAGCAUGAAUGGCUAAACUCGUCCUGCUAAACGCUAACUAGCCUUGCUAGCAGAGUAGCAGUAACUGCAGUACGAGCAGCUUGGAUGAUUUCAUGGCCAUGCUAGCUUUAGUUUGCUAAUAUCAAAACGUUAGUAGUGCUAGAUAUUUUUGUGACUUUUUGAUGCGUAACCGAACAGUAUUUCACCUUUGAAUGUAUACUAUUUGGGAAAACAUCAUGAAAAGUUAACAAGAAUUUUAAAAAAUGGAGAUUAAAAACCAAACUGCAGUGUGUGGCUAGUGACGGCUAGCUAGCAAGAGCUUUAGGCAAAGCUAACUUACCUCGUGUUUCCGGUUUUGUGAAUCCUUGUUCAACUUUGAAGCUCCAACAUCUUAGCAAUUGAGUUUUUAUACCACAUAAACAACACAAUUUAAUAGCUGAAUCUUAUACUAUUAUGAAGAGUAAAAGUUGGACCAAAUAAACUAGCAGCCUAGCAGUAACUGCUGUCUCAAAGCCUGGAUGAUUUAACGGCUAAGCUAAGGGGUUUAGCAUUGUGCAUAAUGCUAACAUUUUGUCAACAUGGGCUUGUAAGAUAUUUUUAGAUGGGUUUGAUUCUCCACAUUUUAAGAAACAAAAAACACCAAAGUAGAAUUUAUUGCUUUAUACCAGUAUGUUAUACAAAAACAGUGGCAACCUCUUACCUUUAAAUCCUCACAAAGUCUGAUUUUGUGUCCAGUCCUUCAUUACUCAAUUUACUUUAGUCCAUGAGGGUCCAUAGAGAAGCUAAGGUGUUUUAUAUAAAAUUAGUCCAAGUUGUGAAUACUGUCAUGUUAAGUCUAUUGCUCUCUGUCCAUCAACUUUGUAAAAUAAAAGCCUAACUCUAUA